CUUAUAAAAACAAACAAGCUCAUUUUCAUACCAUUUUGGUUUUUCUUUCCCUUUAUUCAAACUUAGACUAAAAACUCCAAAUAAAUGUCUCAACCAAUAGAGCUUGUGUUCAUCCCCUCGCCGGGGCUGAGCCACGUCAUCUCCACCGUCGAGGCCGCCAAGCUCCUCCUCGCCCGCGGCGGCGAUCGCCUCACCGUCACUGUCGUCAUCGUCAGUCUCCCCGACGACGAAAAUGAUAAAAAAGAGAAGAUGUUGUCCGAUGUCAAAGCAACAAUCCCACGCCUUCGAUUCAUCGACUUGCCUUAUGACCAUAAUGCCCCUGGUGCAGAAUCCCCGGCCUUUCGAUUCACUUAUAUCCUUAGUUGUGGCGACAAAAUCAAGCAAUUAUUGUCGGAUUUGAUCGAGAAGCCAUCCGUCCCCGGCUCCCGGCUAGUCGGGCUUGUGCUCGAUAUGUUUUGCACGAAUUUAAUUCAGGUGGGUAAUGAAUUGAGCAUUCCUUCGUACGUGUUCUACACGGCUGGAGCAUUCAGUCUUGGCGUGUACUACGACAUCGUUUCACUCAAAUUCGAACAAAAUCAGGACCUGACACAAUACAAAGAUUCCGACACUAAACAACUCUCCUCGCGAUGUGCCUCUCAGCCUAUUCCCGCCAAAAUAUUUCCUCUGGUGUUCGUCGACGGCAACCCUUUCGGAGACAUCUUCCUCGAAUUCUACCGAAAAUUUGUCGACGCCAAAGGAGUUCUCAUCAACACCUUCUACGAACUCGAACCCUACGCCGUCGAUUCUCUGUCCGCUCAUUACAAAAACUAUCCAAAGGUUUACCCGAUCGGACCGGUGUUGAAGGACAAUCCUGGCUCUAGCGGCAAUCCGUCGGUAGCCGAUUUGAUGAAGUGGCUGGACGAUCAGCCGGACGAUUCGGUGGUGUUUCUGUGCUUCGGGUCGAUGGGGGCAUUAGAAGGAGCUCAGGUUCGGGAAUUCGCCAAGGCUCUAGAAGGUUCCGGAAGUAGGUUCGUGUGGUCGUUGCGGAAGCCGACGGCGUCGUUUCUUCCGAGCGAGUACGGAGACUACGGGGAGGUUCUUCCGGAGGGGUUUUUGGAGCGGACGGCGGGAAGAGGGCGGGUGAUCGGGUGGGCCCCGCAGGUGGCGGUGUUGGCGCACGCGGCGGUCGGGGGAUUCGUGUCGCACUGCGGGUGGAACUCGGUGCUGGAGAGCGUCUGGCAGGGUGUUCCGGUGGCGGCGCUGCCGCUGUACGCGGAGCAGCAGAUAAAUGCGUUCGAGCUGGUGAGGGAGUUGGGGAUGACGGAGGAGAUCAAGAUUGAUUAUAGAAUAGAUUUGACUCGUGGGGGGGCGGCGGAGGAGAUUGUACCGGCGGGGGAAAUCGAGGCGGCGAUCCGGCGGUUGAUGGCCGCGGACGGCGGCGCGAGGGGGAAAGUGAAGGAGAUGCAGAGGAAGAGUCGAGAGGUUUUGAAGGAAGACGGGUCGUCGUACGCGUCGCAAAUGGAGUUCCUCCAAGAUGUGUUGAAAAAUGCUGGAUUGGAAUAGUGCUGGCUUCGCCGCUGGUCGGAAUCUUGUGAUAUUUAUGAUGGUUUGGUUGUGCCAGAUACCAAUGUUAGUAUGUAUCUUUGGAUGAGUUUGGAAAAAAAUUGAUUUGAUUUUGGUA